AUGUCAGGAGAGGAAAUUUGGCCAUCAGUUGAAAAAGAAUCUAGAAAAUCUCUGCCUCCAUUUGAUAACAGCAGUGGCUACAAUUCAAAAACAGGAAUAUAUCACUCUCUUGAAAAGCUUGGCACCAAGCAUGAAAUCCCAACAGAGCAAAACCUUAACAUUGCAAGUCUUGUGCUAUCACAGUUUCCACGAGCAGAACUUGCUGACGCGAAGAUUGCGUUUAUUGAUUUAAAUACUAGUCAUAGUAUAACCUACGGCGAGCUUCGCCGAUCGGUUUACUCGCUUGCAACAGCUUUGUUUCAUGGACUUGAGGUUAGAAAAGGCGACGUCGUGUUUUUAUUGUCUCCGAACUCGGUUUUGUACUCGACCAUAUGCUUAGCUGUGUUAUCAAUUGGUGCAAUUCUUACCACUGCGAACCCUCUCAAUACAAAGUCGGAAAUCGCGAAACAAGUACAUGAUUCUGGUGCUAAACUAGCCAUCUCAAUACCAGAAGAGUUACACAAACUGGUUCCAACAGGUGUUCCUACACUUCUCACCUCUAGUUCAUCUGAUGAAAAGUUUUUAUCAGUUGAAGAGUUAAUAGAAGGCUGCUAUGAUUCACAAGAGUUGCCGCAUGUUCGUGUGGAACAAUCGGAUACUGCUGCUAUACUUUACUCUUCAGGGACCACAGGAGUAAGCAAAGGUGUUGUUUUGACACAUUCAAAUCUCAUAACCAUAACAAAACUAUUCUGCUGGUCUGCGGAUGUAUCAGCAUCUCAAGACGAUGUUUUCCUCGCCUUCAUUCCAAUGUUCCAUAUCUACGGACUCAUGUUCUUUGGAUUCGGGUUGUUGUGUGUUGGUGUUACAACAGUUUUGAUGCAGAAAUACAAUUUCCAAGCUAUGCUUAUCGCUAUUGAGAAGUACAAAGUUAAUAACAUACCAGCAGUGCCGCCGGUGAUCCACGCGUUGGUGAAACAUGCAAGUAAAGAUGGAUGUGACUUGUCUAGCUUAAGAAGGGCUGGUUCAGGUGCAGCACCUUUGAGUAAGGAAAUGUCACAGGAGUUCAGAAAGAUGUUUCCUUGGGUUGAACUAAGGACGGGUUAUGGACUGACAGAAAGUUGUGGGGGAGCAACCUUUUUUGCGUCGGAUAAAGACGCUAAAGCUCAUCCAGAAGCAUGUGGAAAGUUGAUUCCAACUUUUUGUGCAAAAGUGAUGGACACUGAAACCGGGAAGCCUUUGCCUCCUAACAAGGAAGGAGAGUUAUGGCUGAAAAGUGGCACUAUUAUGAAAGAAUAUCUAGGAAAUGUGGAGGCAACAGCUGCAACAGUUGAUUCAGAAGGUUGGUUGAGAACAGGUGAUCUUGGUUAUAUUGAUCAGAAUGGAGUUGUCUGCAUAGUUGAACGAAUAAAGGAGCUAAUCAAGCACAACGGGUAUCAGGUAGCUCCUGCGGAACUGGAAUCUGUGCUAGUAAGCCAUCCCCUUAUUGUUGAUGCAGCAGUUAUACCUGUUGAAGAUGAAGAAACUGGACAGAUACCAAUGGCAUAUGUUGUGAGAAGAGCUAGUUCUCAACUCUCAGAAGACCAAGUCAUUCAAUUUGUUGCAGGCCAGGUGGCUCCCUAUAAGAAAGUGAGAAGGGUGAGCUUUAUUGAUAAUAUUCCAAGGUCAGCUGCUGGCAAGAUAUUGCGCAAGGAUCUUGUUUCCCAAAGCAAAUGUCAACUUGUCUCUAAGUUAUGA